AGAUGUCAAAAUUAACCUGGACUGCUUGGGAAUGGCGAAACAUAGCCCUGGGAUCCUGCCAUGAACAAAUGCAGCUAAAGCUUCAAUUUACUUUUUCUGAUCGUGGAUUGACUGAGCUCACAAUUUAAGCUGCGCUGCUCAGAGGUAAUGUACACUGGCUAUCCAGGAGUCGCUUGUGAAGGCUGGAAGAUUUCUGAAUCUUGUGAAGUCUGCUGAAGUGUGUGUGCAUUGUUUUACUAGGAGGCUUCUCAGACUUUUACUUCCUGUUUUUAUCACUUGUUUCCCAUCUGAUGUGAACUGGCCUUUUCAUUAACGCUUCCAGAGCAGCAGUUGGUGCCUCUGAGUCUGUGACACAGACUGUCCAGAACAGAGUUCCUGGAGAAUGGAACUCCUAACUUUGUACUGCUAGCCCUCUUGGGAGAUAAUGAUUAAAAACCUUCCUCCAGUCAUAAGCAUAGAGGCAGAAGCUCACAUUACCUUUGGGAGAGGGGUGGCAUGGAAGUUGCUUUGUGGUCUGCCCACAGCAAACAACAGGAGUUGUGGGCAUUGUCACUGGUAGGGGCCUGCUCUGCAUUGUGGCCAUAGGAGCAACCGUAGGAGGACAACAGCAUUUUGGGCAGCUGCCACUGACAGACAAUCUGGGUGCUGUGCACAGCUCUGAACAAUGCUUGGGUCUGCAGCUGGGGAUGACAAGAGGAUGCAGAUGUUUGAGCCAAGGGCAGAAGAGACAGAGCAGUGCAGCUGUCCAGGACCAGAGCUGAUGUGAACCCGGGUGCAUGAAGAACAGAGGAGAUUUUUCCGCUUAUCAGAGAUGAUGUGGAGAGACUCUUUAUCCCUGGUGGAAGAGGAGGAUCCUCAUAUGAAAGUGUCUCUUGGGAGCAGCGAUAUGGGCGUCUCUGCCCAUCUGCAGUCUUCGAAGACAGGAACCACCAGAUUUUUCACCAGCAAUACUCACAGUUCUGUGGUAUUACAGGGCUUUGACCAGCUGCGAGUGGAAGGUUUGCUCUGUGAUGUGACGCUCGUUCCUGGAGAUGGUGAUGAGGUGUUCCCUGUCCACAGAGCAAUGAUGGCUUCUGCAAGUGAUUACUUCAAGGCCAUGUUCACAGGAGGAAUGAAGGAACAAGAUUUAAUGUGCAUUAAGCUUCAUGGUGUGAACAAAAUAGGCCUAAAGAAGAUCAUUGAUUUCAUCUAUACUGCAAAACUUUCCCUUAACAUGGACAACCUUCAGGACACUCUGGAAGCUGCCAGUUUUUUGCAGAUUUUACCUGUUUUGGACUUCUGUAAAGUAUUUCUUAUCUCUGGGGUUUCAUUGGAAAACUGUGUUGAGGUUGGGCGAAUUGCCAACACAUACAAUCUCACAGAAGUGGAUAAAUAUGUUAAUAAUUUCAUCCUGAAGAACUUCCCUGCAUUAUUAAGUACUGGUGAAUUUGUGAAACUCCCCUUUGAACGUCUUGCCUUUGUGCUUUCAAGUAAUAGCCUUAAGCACUGCACUGAACUGGAGCUCUUCAAGGCGGCCUGUCGCUGGCUGCGCUACGAGGAGCCUCGCAUGGAGUACGCUGCAAAGCUCAUGAAGAACAUCAGGUUUCCCCUGAUGACCCCCCAGGAUCUUAUCAACUACGUCCAGACAGUGGACUUCAUGAGAACUGACAACACCUGUGUCAACCUGCUUCUGGAGGCCAGCAAUUACCAGAUGAUGCCGUACAUGCAGCCGGUGAUGCAGUCGGAGCGGACGGCGAUCCGCUCGGACAGCACGCACCUGGUGACGCUGGGAGGGGUGCUCAGGCAGCAGCUGGUGGUCAGCAAGGAGCUGCGGAUGUACGACGAGAAGGCCCACGAGUGGAAAUCCCUGGCGCCCAUGGACGCGCCGCGGUACCAGCACGGCAUCGCCGUCAUCGGCAACUUCCUCUACGUGGUGGGAGGCCAGAGCAAUUACGACACCAAGGGAAAGACGGCGGUCGACACGGUCUUCAGGUUCGAUCCUCGCUACAACAAGUGGAUGCAAGUGGCAUCUUUGAACGAGAAACGGACCUUCUUCCACCUAAGUGCCCUCAAAGGACAUUUGUAUGCAGUCGGAGGUCGGAAUGCAGCGGGUGAGCUAGCCACUGUGGAAUGUUACAACCCCAGAAUGAACGAGUGGAGCUACGUGGCAAAAAUGAACGAGCCCCACUAUGGUCACGCUGGAACCGUCUAUGGGGGGUUAAUGUAUAUUUCAGGGGGAAUUACCCACGAUACUUUCCAAAAGGAACUCAUGUGCUUUGACCCUGACACAGACAAAUGGACUCAGAAAGCUCCGAUGACAACAGUCAGAGGUCUGCAUUGCAUGUGUACUGUAGGAGACAAGCUGUAUGUUAUUGGUGGAAACCACUUUAGAGGAACAAGUGAUUAUGAUGAUGUUCUAAGCUGUGAAUAUUACUCACCAACUCUAGACCAGUGGACUCCAAUUGCUGCCAUGUUACGUGGGCAAAGCGAUGUUGGGGUUGCUGUCUUUGAAAAUAAAAUCUAUGUUGUCGGAGGAUAUUCUUGGAAUAACCGGUGUAUGGUGGAAAUAGUUCAGAAGUAUGAUCCAGAAAAAGAUGAGUGGCAUAAAGUAUUUGACCUUCCAGAAUCCCUUGGUGGCAUUCGAGCCUGCACUCUCACUGUUUUCCCUCCGGAGGACAACACAGGGUCACCGUCCAGAGAGUCUCCUCUUUCAGCACCUUAGAACCCUCCCUUGGCUCACGAUGUUGUAGUAACACCUCUGCACUGCACCAUGGGGUCUCUUAUUUUUCUUCAGUAGUUUCUGUUAGGCUUAGCCUACAGCAUUUCAUACAAUUACUGGAAAAAAAAAAAAAAAGACUUUGACAUUAUUUGUGCUGUUUGUUUGGCCUAGAGUGUCUCUCAAGUGGUUAACAAAAGAAAUGUACUCGCCCGAGCCAAAUGUUUAACAAAUGAGAGGGUAUUGUCUGUAAAAUGUAUGAGCUAGGUACGUUAUUCAUGUUGUAUGUUGGGUGGUGAGGUACCUUGUAGCUUACAUUUGGGAGCCCAGUGAGUCAAAUUUGUAUUGAACAUGUCACUGAAUUUCAUGUUGAAAUCGGUUUUCCUUUCAUUUUUGACUGCAGAUCACAAGGGUAGGUAGACCACAUCAAUGUGAACUCUCUCUGAAGGUUGCCAAGGGGCCUGAGCUACCUCCCUCUUUACACAGAGUAUUUUUGACAUAUCUGUUUACCCACCUGACUUUGUGGGUGCUUUCAGAGCAUAUGAAGUUUCUUAGGCAGAGGGAAGAAAUAAAAUAAUUUUAAAAUAUUAGCACUGUACAGGAGCGGACCUUGUAGAGGCCAGGAGUUUUUUAUAACAUAUAUCGAGUGUUUUUCCUGAGUCAGUUGAAUGAUGCUUCAAACAAAACAUUCUAAACAUAUUUGUGUUUUUUAAUUUGGUUUUCUUUUCAGGAAUUGGCUUCCACUUGCAUGGGAGCACACACUAUUAACAAAUGGGAAUUCAGUGCAGCAGAGUAUUCUGUGCUAUGGCUGUACUGAAUAUGGGUAGUUAAGGGCUAGAAUCAGUAACUUAAGCCACCGAAUUUGACCAAAUGGUUCCAUCCGAUCAAAUUUAAUCUACCUUUUCUCCUUUACUGUUGAGAUAACUUGCAUAAUGUGUCCUCUGUAUAGUCUCAGUUAAUAAGGUUAUUUAGCACAAAGUGCAGCUUCAGUGAGAGAGCUGCUUUUGCUCAGUGAACCUGGACUACCACAUUUUACCUUUUUUUGUUCAAUAAAACUUUUAACUGCA